UCUCUCAGUUGCCCGCCACUUCACUUUUGAUGAUCAGGUUACAGAAUGGGUUAGUCGUUGGCUGGAUAUUCACGAAGAAGCUGAUAGGCAACAGGGGUCACGCCGAUUCGGGGCUCAAUGCAUAUAAUGUGCGGGACGAUGAUUGGCCAGAGGUCAAACGAAUCCUGGCACUGCAUUAUGCCGACAAGAGAGAUGUCGGGACCUUAGAAUACGAACUCAUGCAAAUGACCCAAUGGAACCAAACGUUAGAAGAAUUGUAUGAACAAAUCAACAAUCAUGUGUCCCUUAUUAUCAACCGCACUAAAGGCAGCAGCGACGACAGCAGCGACGGCAGCAGCGACAGCAGCAGCAGCGACGGCAGCAGCAGCGACGGCAGCAGCAGCGACGGCAGCAACAAGGCAACGGAAGACGGUGACCGCCCGCUAGCUACUUCAGCUAAAGCCGCGGCCCUCUUGAUAAGUACCCCCACUCCAACCGAUGACUGCAGCGCUAUCAACUUGACCCCAGCUAAAAAGUUGGGCUGAGCAAGCGCUGCCAUCGGUGUCGCAAUAUCCGACGCGGCUCUGCCGGGACCAAAAUAUG